AUGAUGAUGCCUUUGGAGAGGGAGGACUGGAUUCAGGUUGCGCUAGCAGAUGCAGUUCAAGAAUGCUUAGAAAGGGUUCACAUUCAGGCUCUUCGGUCUAACUCAGCCAAGUCGGUGAAAGAUGAGCUUAAAGAUUUUAGUCGACAGUGGGCGGCAAAAAAUGCGGGAUCAUUGGACACACAGCUCUCAGUGCCAUUCGACCUUAUAAUGGAGACUGCUGAUGAGGUAGCGUCCAUCGUCAUUGAUCGAGGCUACGAUCUAUGUCCCUCGCUUUGGUCCAAUAUAUUGGAAGUAAAAUCGAGGCAAGGCAAAAUUGGAGCCCUCAUCAAUGACGCAAUGUGGCCUCUCAAAUUCAUUUACAAGAAGGAUGAGACGACCGGCCAAUGGAUGGUGUUCGAACACAAUGCAAUUCUAGACAUGGUUCUUGGCAUAGUGUGGAAACUCAAAUACCUGCUCAAUGUCACUGACCUCGAUAACCUGUACUGCACGGCUGUAGCUGCAGUCUACUGCGUGUUAUUGCGACUUUCUUCCGGAAAGUUGAAUCGUACAAUCCUCUUCACAAGCAAAGCUUUCAGAUUUAUGUACGACAUAUCGAUGAAGCACAUUACUGACGUCAUCGAGAAGGACAGUGUCUUAGGAAAGCGAUGCUUAGAUUACUACCACCUGCUGUUACAAGAACAUCUAGACGCUUGGGCCCCUACUAUUUUUCUCCUGAUCCUCCUCGUAUCAGCCCUCGCAUCAUACCCUUACCCCGACCUUGCCCUUGUCAUCCUCGUCAUCCUCGCAUUCCCUUUCGCCCUCUACCUGUCGCUUCAGCAAAGCCAGUACAUUUGGCCGGAUCCUUUCGCUGACGAAGCAUACCCAUGCUCCGUUUCACCACCUGACUGA